AUGAAAGGCCAUAUUCUCAAAUACCGGCAACCUCGGAAAACACUUUAUGGAUUGAUUGUCGUUUCUACUUUCAUCUUUUUCACAGAAGCAACUCCCCUGCGAGGAAAAAAGCUGAAUCUCCAGGGAAGAAAUGAAAAAUACGUGAACUUGGCCAACAAGAGUAUUCCUGAACUUGACCGAUUUACUACAUGCAUCGACUUGUAUUGGACGCUAAACCAGAACCCUUGGACGGCCUUUUCGUAUGUUACAAGCAACGUCUCCUCGGGUUCAGAAGUCCUGGAGUUUGGGCUUGUAGUAGACUACAAGCAGCUUGUGUUGUCCCACUUGGGUCAAACUUUUCUUAUCGGCGCUGAUGUGCGACCUUUCCAGUGGCACACGAUAUGCUUAAUCUGGGAUGGUGUGAAGGGACUGCUAGAACUCUUCCUUCAGGAAGAAAGAAUACUGAUUGUGCUAAAAGAGCCCCAGAAUCUCAAAGCCAACGGGAACUUGGUCCUGGGUCAUUCUGUGGAGAAUCAGGAUGAAAUUCAGACCCACAGCUUCCUGGGCAGCUUGUAUUACUUUCAACUCUGGGACCGCAUCUUAGAAAACGGGGAAUUUUCAACGUGUUUAGAUGGCAACUUGGUUAGCUGGGGCAAAGAUACCUGGUUCUUCAACAAUAUAACCCCCGUGGCGGAUGACAGCCUACGCUGCGGUGUCUCUGACAAUAUAACAGUUGAAGGAACGGGUCCAUUUGUUUCCCAAGCUUCAAGUGUGACAUCACCGUCGCGAAACACUGGCUCUAAUCCUCAGGAGACCGAGCCGUCCUCUUCAGAGAUGCCUCGAAAUACCUCCUCUACAUUCUCAGAUGCUUGGACAGAGUCUACCUCACCUUACAGCACACAGUCUCUACCUACAGAAACUCUACCCUCACUUUCUGACGGUCCCAAAGCCGACGGGGUUUCAACGGUCAUGACAGCUUCUGACUUCACAUCUCCUUCGGCAUCCGUGUCCUGGCCUACUCAGAAAAUAUCCGCAGCCACUGAAACCACUCCUGCAACUGCAUCCUCAUCCCUUCCCACCGAGACCGCGAUGACGGCUACAAUAUUUCCGUCUCUGUCUGUUGAGACUGCCCCCCAAUCCACAAAUGCUAUAUUUACCUCUCUAUCCACGGGUGAUUCACUUUUCCCAACAACUUCUGAGGCCGUAGCUCUGUCGGUCAAUACCCAGACAACUCCUUUGUACUCACCCACCAAGACUGCAUUAACUCCAGCGUCACCUCGGACCCCAUCCCCGUCUUCGACGCCUGGGCCCGCUCCUACCUCGACAUCCAGCCGAUUUUCACCUGCACCGACAACUGCUUGGACUGCCCCUCGGUCCGCUACCGACGAGACAGCUGUGGCUAAGAGCACAUCCACAUCCCUGCCACCUGCAUUCCCACCCACCUCCGUAACUGCCGCGGCUGGAUCUACAGUUACCGGAGUUCAGACGGCAGCUACAGCCGCCACAGUUCAGGUCGAGCCUACGUCGAUGGCUCUUGUUUCUCCUCUUCCAACCGGGCCUGCUGAGACGACCCCCAAACUGGGACCAGUUAUGACUGAAUUGACCUCCGCUUCUGCUCAGACUACGGCUAUUUCCACAGCCAGUAAGGCCAGACUGACCUCCUUGCCACCAGAAUUGUUUUUUACAACCAAUGCUCUUGGAAGAGACUCAGCAUCCCCUGAAGCUCACACUGUUGCCAAGGCUACCGCUGCUGAGAUUCCGUCUACGUCCCCAGGCUCUGAGCCGAUCUCUAGGCCUGGAGCGUCUACGACUACCCCUUCUCCCGUGAUACCUGGAAGGACAUCUACUCCAACGAGCAUUCAGAAUGAGCACCCGUCCACUGAGAGUGAAAGCUCUUCUCUUCCCACUAUGUUUGGCAGAGCUCCCACAUCCACCCGCACCACCUCUGAGAUGGCAGCUGUCUUUACUGACUCUGAGGCUUCACCUACAACUUUUUCUACCAUGGUAGGGGCUACAGCACAAUCUGUGCAAAUCACCCCUACUCCUGCCCUGGUUGAGACUCUAAGCACCCCCUCUAAGAUGCUAACUCCAUCCACAGACACUACAGCCCCUUGGAGUUCCAUUCCUAAGACCAAAGCUGUUUCAUCCUUUUCAGAAACAACAUUUACCUCUAUACCAACCAGGACUGAACCUAUAUCCCCAUUUACUGACAACACAGGUUUGACGACAUCCUUCAGCCUAACAUCUCCUGUGGCUUGCAGUUGGACUACAGCUACAAUAGCCACCAGUGUAUCCAAGCAAGCUGACACUGCCUCUUCCCCGAGGCCUACCACCAACUCAGGUACCUCUUCACAUACCGAAGCUACUGCGGUGUAUGCAACGCUUGAGAAUACACCUCUAUCGACCCUAGCUGUACCGACCUCACCUGGUGUCGAUACUAAACGUCCCCCUUCAGAACCAACUGGUGACAUUACCCCGAAGCCUACAUUUACCAUGGCAACACCUAAUUCAAUCUCACAAAAGACCCCAGCUGUGCAAACAGACUCUACAGCAGCAUCACCCAAGACUCUAGCUAGCUCCAUAUUCACCCAACGUGCAGUAUCACAGGAACCUCUGAUAUCCGCAGUUACAUAUCCACCCGUGAUCGGUUCAGCUACGUCUUCUGCUUCUCAGAGUGUGUCAAUAUCCACAGGUUUUCCAACUCUGACUCCAAUAUUAGAUGCCGGUACUGUAUAUACACCCACGAGUACACAGGCCUUGCCUGUAUCCAUCCCUGGGGAAGCAACAUCCACAGCAUUUGCUAUGGAGACUGACUCCACUGCUAUCCUAGAAGAAUCCAUUUUGACUACCAUAGCAUCCGUGGCAGACGCUGGAUUCACCUCUGCGGAGGUCACUAUCGCUUUUUCAGUUACCGCAACGCCUCAUUCUUCACCAUCAACCAGUAGUGAGCCUCAGUCUUCUUUAAUUCAGUCUUCAUCGGCACCUCUUAUCCUGGUAGAAGAUUCAUUUCCUUCCACAUACAGUGCGGUCUCUAAAUCGCCCACUCUUUUUAAGACUUCAGAGAUCACUCCUACGCAUACACCAACCCAUUCAGAGCCUCCCUCGGGGCCUCCUUCUCUGGCUACUGAAAACACAGAUCAUAUCACAACAGCUCUGAUGCCCACUAGGUUCCCAACUACUGAAAAGAUGAUGGACACUCUAUAUACGAUCACGCAGGCUACCUCUAAACAAGCUGAGCUCACACCUUCACUCAUUCCUACCAAGAACCUCAUUACCAGUGCAAAUUUGGAGGUUUAUCCGUCCACUGCUCCCUCUGAGAACCCCCCGACAGCUACAGUGCCAACUCCAUUGAAUCUCACAACGACUGAGGCAUCCCGAAGUUCUACAUCUUCUGAGACCAUAGCUUGGUCAACGCCACGCUGGACUCCAUCUGCUGAAAUUGUUCAUUCAGCAGCACCACCUGAGACUCAAACGUCUCUGGUGGCUUCUCCAACCGCCAGAGCAUCCCUACCUUCAGAGACCACUCCUGCAGUUCAGCCUGACAGGACUUCAAACACAUUGCCCCUUUCCAAGAGCAGGCCAACACCCACAGAUUCCCAGGCUAUUGUUAUGACAACCGAAUUCUACCCUUCUUUUGUUUCCACACUUGCAUCUGAGACCGAGCAAGCUGAAUCUUCCGAGUUUCCCGAGCUUCCUGCCUCUACGGCUUCCCUUAAGCAGAGCAUUCCGGCUGCGAUAGUCUCUGAAUUCACAUCUACUGCUGAGGCCGCUGUGUCCUCUGCUGUUGCGCUAAAAACAGAUGCUUCAACAGUUGUCAGUACCAUGCCUUUAUCCUUCAGUACUACCCGUACAGUCUUUCCGGCUGACACUUCAACUGUGACCUCUGCAUUUUCCAGUCUGGCCGAAACUCCUUCGACAUCUAGUGACGCUGUGGCGACAUCUAAACACCCGGAGGUUUCUUCUGUUUUCAUUACCUCUGAAAUUGCGGCAAUCUCUACAGAGGGGGUCACAUUUUUUCCCUCUGCAGUAGGCUCUUUAUCCCCGUCGGUGACAAGCACUCCUACACCUCUGAUGGUUGAGUCGCCAUCUCUUUCCACAUCUUCUGGAAUGGCAACUGCAUCCACAGACCCUGCUGCCAUUCAGACUUCCCCCCAUUAUAAGACUAGUACAAUUUCCUCUACUGUGGAACAAACAAGUCAACUGGUUCAGACCGCAGUGCCAUCGCUGUCGGCUGAAACUGCUGUGCCUGGCAGUACGGUUGCGUCUUCCGCAGGUAUUGACCCGGUAGCUACGUCUAAACAAGCUGAGGCGACAUCGCCACCUCGCCCAACCACAGACAUUCACACCUCAGAAGACGUCAAGGUCUCACCAUCUUCCGCAACAGGUGAGAACAUACCUGUAUUCUCAUCGGUUACUACUUUCGUAUAUCACGGAACUGGCCCUAAGACAAACUCCCCUAUACCGACUUCCAUAGCUACUGAAUUUCCUAUCUCUCCCGGAACUGGACCUAUAUCAAGACCGCCCUGGUCGCAAGGUGUGGUGACCUCGUCUAUAUCAAUACCUGGAGAAACUACUUCUGAUUCGGAAGAUAUUCAGAAUUCGGCAUCCUUUUUGCCUUUGGGGACUGCAUCUACAGCUCUCCCUGUUAUGAGUAAAAGUACAUUUCUUGCUUCAGAGAAAAUGCCAACUUCUGCAGUUACUUCGACAGCCGUUACUUUGACAGAAGCCUGGCCCUCCUUCACGUCCGUAAGAACCGGGGCUACAUCUGUGCUUUCUGGACGUAUAUCGACAUUAUUCCCUGUAGAUAUUGCCUCAACAGGUACCCCGGUGGUGAACACACCCUUGUUUAGGCCCACUCUGACUAACCGAGGUUUCUCCACUGCUACUUCCACAGUUUCCACCAAUAUGCCACUUUCUACCUUCUCUGGUGAGCCUUCUACAGCUUCUGAGCCUACACUGAUGCCCACCUCGGCUGAAACUUUUGCUACACCUGGAAAAGCCAUCACAACACCAGAAGAUACCACUGUUUCCAGGACUUUGGGGACCGUCUCUCUGUCUCCAGAGAUGGGGACCCCACAGUCAUCCUUUUCCACUGAGCCAGAACCUAUAACUCUGAAUGGGAAAACUGCUUCAUCCCCGGCCUUUACUGUGACUCGACCUCCAGCUUCCCUGUCUGAGACAGCCGCUUUAUCUACAGGCACUAGGUCGACUCCCACCUCCUCUGUUCCAGGGACGACAUCUUUAUUCACCUCUUCAAAUAAAAUCUCGACUCUUUCCUUAAUCGUUGGUACACUUGUACCCGCGUCAGCUCCACCAAGUUCUACGGUCCCGGAGACUGGGAUGACUGUUACCUCAGCACGAGCCGAGAACCCGUCACCGUUCUCACCUGCCAAGAUUUCAACUGAGCAUACAUUCGUACCUGCUAAAACCACUACCAUUUCUACAACUCCUUUGCCUACACCCUCUUUGAGGGCUUCUGAUCCCGCCUCUAUUUCUGGAACUUUAGAGACCACCACUCAAGCAACAUCUGGUCCUAGCGUGUCCCCAGCUGGGUUGCCUGCCGGUAGGGCAACUAAGUCCUCCACCGCACCCCAGGCCACACGUAUCUCUACAACCACUGAGUCAGAACCUACAGGGUCAUUCGUGAAUCCCACACCUUCGCCCACUGUUCCUGUGAGUGCAGUCAAACCUGGUGGGAUUUCUCCUUGGUCCACGACACCUACAGUCAUUCAAGCACACACAGACACUGCAACAAAGGCUACAUCAGUAAUAGCGGAGAGUGUACGCAUGUCGACGGCUCCCCGAAACACUGAGAUCUCAGCAACGGAGAUUUCAACCGGAGCUCCUGCGAGUAUGUCUACGGUGGGCAAAACCACGCCACGGUCAAUCUCUAGCUCGUUUACAUCUAGCUUCUUAACGACAAAAUCGAUGCUUCCCUUUUUAACGACAAAAUCGAUGCUUCCCAGAAGCACACCCACAUUCACUUCUGCCAAGGCCAUACCCACAUUAAGGGAGAUUAGCACCCUGUCCUCUACAAUCACCGCAUUUCCCUUUACUGGUGAAAUCACACUUAGCUCCGUACCUAAUGCAACAACUGCUAAUUCCUCCGCUGCCGAGACUCCACUUCUCUCUGUGUCCACUGAGCACGCAUCCCCUUUCACGCCGCCUGAGACGACACUUUAUUUGAGAUCAACUGAGAUUUCUUCCAUCCCUGCCCACUCCUUCUCAGCCUCUACAUGGCCCGAGGCAACACGAUCAGACCUCAUCCGUUUCUCAACGGAAGCAGCAACUUCAUCUGCUCCUACAGAGCUCUCAGAUUUCCUUAGCACCUUUACACUUCCUGAUUUUGAAAUUAAUAUUGCUAUAGAAACAGAACAGGGAGUAGGAAUAAAGAGAAGAGAAAAGGAGAAACAAGGAAACAGAAGCUAUCACCGCAGAAUCAAUGGCCAUGUGGUUACUGUUUCCUUCUACAACACUGAAAUCAGCUUCUCAGUUCUUGAUGAAGAGUCAGAAAUUCCUGCAAUUGCUGUCAUACGGAACCUUGCUAAAGCUUGGUUCAACUGUGUAUUUCAGGACAAUGAAUUCAUUCUCACAGAAUUGGAUGUCAAAGCUAAAGGCAGCUACGCUUGCCACGCCAUCAUAAAGGCUAAUUCUUCCGAAGCACCACCUGAACUGAUUAAUCGUAUAAAGGCUAAAAUAUUUGACAACCUUGCACAAGGAAAUUUCACACAAAAUCACCUGACUCUGGUAGUGAAGUCUGAAGACGUGAAUGUCAAAGAAUUAGAACCUGGAAACUGCAAAGAAAGCGAAACCCUCUCCAGAUACAAAGGGAAGUACAAGUGGCUAUCGACGGAGCCUACGGAAAUGGCCAAAGCCGAAUGUGUCAAAAAUCCCGAGAAUGCUGCUACCAGGAUUUGUCGGAUAAAUCUCAAAAGCGGAAAAUCUGUAUGGGAUAAAGCCAAAUAUAGCCAAUGUAAGCUGAUUGAAGAACUUCCAGAAAAGAUCGUGGAUCUUGAAGACAUUGUCAUAAGUGAUGAAAAUGCAAAUGAUGUCGCCGAGCACAUUUUAAACCUGAUGAACAAUUAUACACAUCUGGAGCAAAAGGAAAUCUUGAUUAUUGUUUCUAAACUAUCUGAUAUUUCAAAAUGUGAAGAGAUAGGCAUGAAUCUUGCACAGGUUGUAUUACAAAUAAUCAACACUGUUUUGGAGAACAAACAUGGCGCUUCUAAAUCUGAACUGCAAGCAGUUAGCAAAGACAUCUUAAUGGUAAUUGAGAGAGUAGGUGAGAAGAUGGAAUUUCCCGGUAGUACAGCAAAUAUGACUGUGGCCACACUCGCUUUAGCGGUGCUGAAAGUGAACAAAGCAUUUGAAGGCAUUUCUUUUGGUAUUCACUCCUACACAGAAGGCACAGAUCCUGAGAUUUAUCUACAUACUUUGCCUCAGAGGAUGAGUUUGGCUUCUAUAUAUUUGCCCAGAACACUAAAGGACCAAUUUCUUCCCAAUGACUUUCAGACGAUAGUGUUUAAUUUCUUUGGACAAACUUCACUCUUUAUAGACAGCAGCUUCAGAAACGAAAUGUUAACCACCUACGUUGUGAGUGCCAGUGUGGCAAACAGAUCGAUUCAGAAUCUGGCUGACCCUGUUGUCAUUAUUUUACAGCACACCGAUGGAAGCAAGAACCAUGACAGUGUUGUCUGUGUGUAUUGGGACUUCGAGAAGAAUAAUGGAUUAGGUGGAUGGAAUCCAUCGGGAUGUGAAGUGAAUGAAACAAAUGUAAAUUACACAAUCUGUCGAUGUAAUCACCUUACUCAUUUUGGAGUCUUACUGGACUUAUCCCGGUCUGCCUUGGAUGCUAUGAAUGAGAAAAUCUUAACCCUUUUAACAUAUGCUGGAUGUGGAAUAUCUUCUAUUUUCCUGGGAUUUGCAUCAGUGACAUACAUAGGUUUUCACAAGCUUCGAAAAGAUUUUCCUUCCAAAAUCCUGAUCAAUCUGUGUAUCGCACUGAUGAUGUUGAACGUGAUGUUUCUGGUGAAUUCGUGGUUGACCACAUUUCGAAAUACUGGCCUCUGUAUCACGGUCGCAGUAAUGCUCCACUAUUUCCUGCUUGCUUCUUUCACUUGGAUGGGCCUAGAAGCCGUUCACAUGUAUUUUGCUCUGGUCAAAGUUUUCAAUAUAUACAUUCCAAAUUACAUACUGAAGUUCUGCAUGAUUGGCUGGGGAAUGCCAGCAAUAGUCGUUACAAUUAUACUAAUUGUGAAAAAAGAUUCUUAUGGAGUUCUGAGUCCAUCCACUUCAUUCUGCUGGAUUCAAGAUGACGUUGCCUUUUAUGUCUCAGUUGUGGCCUACUUUUGCUUAAUAUUUCUCAUGAAUACGUCAAUGUUCGUUACUGUUCUUGUCCAGAUGAACUCCUUGAAAUCAAAACAUCAGAGAUCGUGGAAAAAAGUGAUUCUGCACGAUUUGAAGAGCACCACUAGCUUAACGUUUUUACUAGGAUUAACCUGGGGCUGUGCCUUUUUCGCCUGGGGUCCUGUGAGGAUCAUUUUCUUGUAUUUGUUUGCCAUUUUUAACACUUUGCAAGGGCUCUUCAUUUUCGUGUUUCACUGCAUGAUGAAGGGAAAGGUGAGAAAGCAGUGGCAGGCCCACUUCUGCUGCGGAAGAUUUCGGCUGGAUAACUAUUCCGAUUGGAACGGUAAAUCUGGAUUAACAACGGGUUAUAAACAGGAAAGACCAAAUAGGACUCUUAAACCCCAGUUAUCAUUACGAUCCUUUAAGUCAACCAAGUCACUGAAAUCGACUACGACCAGCUCUACUUCCAAAUCAUCAAGCUCUCUGCAAGGCGCAGCUUCAGAAAUUACCUUCCAGAAUGAUGAAGUGUAUGAAGACCCCUAUUCUUUAACUCCAUUUAAUUAUGAAGUUGUACCAGCUUGCGUAAGAAGAAAAAUACCUGUGGAAAUUAAAAUGGAUUCUCUUCAUACGCAGAGGUUUCUACGGUGAAAUACAAUAGAUUUCCUUUUUCCCGGAUUAGAUGAAGAAUGGUGCUUGUGGGGCAGUUGCUCCUAUCGCAUAUUCUAAGUAUUACUGUUGUGGGGGGGGAGUUCAGACAGUA